GCGGGGCUGCGGCUGCCACGUUGGAGCGGAGAGUGGAGGUGGCUCCGGGCUGGGAGGAGGGGCAGCGGGUCCAGGCAGAGUCCGACGUUCGCCGCGCUAACCCCGAGCAGGUCGCCGAAGCUCCCUGCCAGCAGAAUGAAGUUAAAGGAAGUAGACCGUACAGCUAUGCAGGCAUGGAGCCCUGCCCAGUACCAUCCCAUUUACCUAGCCACAGGAACAUCUGCUCAGCAAUUGGAUGCAACAUUUAGUACCAAUGCUUCCCUUGAGAUAUUUGAAUUAGACCUUUCGGAUCCAUCAUUAGAUAUGAAAUCUUGUGCUACUUUCUCCUCUUCUCACAGGUAUCACAAGUUGAUUUGGGGACCUCAUAAGAUAGAUUCCAAAGGAGAUGUUUCUGGAGUUUUGAUUGCAGGUGGAGAAAAUGGAAAUAUUAUUCUUUAUGAUCCUUCUAAAAUUAUAGCUGGAGACAAGGACGUUGUGAUUGCCCAGAAGGACAAGCAUACAGGUCCAGUGAGAGCCUUGGAUGUGAACAUUUUCCAGACCAAUCUGGUGGCCUCUGGUGCUAAUGAAUCUGAAAUCUACAUUUGGGACCUAAACAACUUUGCAACUCCAAUGACACCAGGAGCCAAAACACAGCCGCCAGAAGAUACCAGCUGUAUUGCAUGGAACAGACAAGUUCAGCAUAUUUUAGCAUCGGCUAGCCCCAGCGGCCGGGCCACCGUCUGGGAUCUUAGAAAAAAUGAACCAAUCAUCAAAGUCAGUGACCACAGUAAUAGGAUGCAUUGCUCUGGAUUGGCAUGGCAUCCCGAUGUUGCUACUCAGAUGGUCCUUGCCUCUGAAGAUGACAGAUUACCAGUGGUCCAGAUGUGGGAUCUUCGCUUUGCAUCCUCUCCACUACGUGUCCUGGAAAACCAUGCUAGGGGCAUUCUGGCAAUUGAUUGGAGCAUGGCUGAUCCUGAGUUGUUACUAAGUUGCGGAAAAGAUGCUAAGAUUCUUUGUUCUAACCCUAACACGGGAGAGAUACUAUAUGAACUUCCCACUAACACACAGUGGUGCUUUGAUAUUCAGUGGUGCCCCCGAAAUCCUGCUGUCUUAUCAGCUGCUUCCUUUGAUGGACGGAUCAGUGUUUAUUCUAUCAUGGGAGGGAGCACAGAUGGUUUAAGGCAGAAACAAGUUGAUAAGCUUUCAUCAUCUUUUGGGAAUCUUGAUCCCUUCGGCACAGGACAGCCGCUUCCUCCGCUGCAGAUCCCUCAGCCAACCUCUCAGCACGGUGUGGUGCUGCCUCUGAAGAAGCCGCCCAAGUGGGUCCGGAGACCUGUUGGUGCUUCCUUUUCAUUCGGGGGCAAGCUGGUCACCUUUGAGAACAUGAAGGUGCUCCCUCAGCAGGGGGCUGAGCAGCAGCAGCAGCAGCGUGUGUUCAUUAGUCAGGUGGUCACAGAAAAGGAAUUCCUCCGCCGGUCAGACCAGCUGCAGCAGGUGGUGCAGUCACAAGGAUUUAUCAACUACUGCCAGAAAAAAAUUGAUGGUUCUCAGACCGAGUUUGAGAAAAACGUGUGGGCCUUUUUGAAGGUAAACUUUGAGGAUGAUUCUCGUGGGAAAUACCUUGAGCUUCUAGGAUACAGGAAAGAAGACCUAGGAAAGAAGAUUGCUUUGGCCCUGAACAAAGUGGAUGGAUCUGAUGUGGCUCUUAAAGACUCUGACCAAGUAGCACAGAGUGAUGGGGAGGAGAGUCCCGCUGCUGAAGAGCAGCUCUUGGGAGAGUGCAUUAAAGAGGAAAAACAAGAAUCUGAAUUUCUUCCCUUAGCUGGAGGAACAUUUAAUAUCUCUGUUAGUGGGGAUAUUGAUGGUUUAAUCACGCAAGCAUUGCUGACGGGUAAUUUUGAGAGUGCCGUUGACCUGUGCUUGCAUGAUAACCGAAUGGCUGAUGCCAUUAUAUUAGCCAUUGCAGGUGGACAGGAACUCUUGGCUCGAACACAGAAGAAAUACUUUGCCAAAUCCCAAAGCAAAAUUACCAGGCUCAUCACUGCAGUGGUGAUGAAGAACUGGAGAGAGAUUGUUGAAUCUUGUGAUCUUCAAAACUGGAGAGAAGCUUUAGCUGCAGUAUUGACUUAUGCCAACGCAGAUGAAUUUUCAGCUCUAUGUGAUCUUCUGGGAACCAGGCUUGAAAAUGAAGGCGACAGCCUCCUGCAGUCUCAGGCGUGUCUCUGCUAUAUUUGUGCAGGGAAUGUAGAGAAAUUAGUUGCUUGUUGGACUAAAGCUCAAGAUGGUAGCAACCCUCUGUCUCUCCAGGAUCUGAUUGAGAAAGUUGUCAUACUCCGAAGAGCUGUACAACUUGCCCAAGCCGUGGAUGCUCAUACAGUAGGGGCUCUCUUGGCUGAGAAGAUGAGUCAGUAUGCCAAUUUGUUGGCAGCCCAGGGCAGCAUUGCUGCAGCCUUGGCAUUUCUGCCUGACAACACCAACCAGCCAAAUAUUGUACAGCUUCGUGAGAGACUCUGCAGAGCCCAAGGAGAGCCUGCACCAGGACAGGAGCCAGCUAAGCAUCCUUAUGAGAGGCAGCACAUGGCCAAGGGUAGGCCUGGGCCAGCUGGCCACCCACAGAUGCCAAGAGUUCAGACCCAGCAAUAUUAUCCUCAAGGAGAAAAUCCUCCACCUCCAGGUUUCAUAAUGCAUGGCAAUGUUAGUUCAGCUGCUGCUCCGCUUCCUACACCUCCAGGUCAUAUGCACAGCCAGGCACCAGCUUAUCCACAGCCACAGCCUUAUCAACCAGCCCAGCAGUAUUCCUUCGGAACUGGGGGGUCAGCAGUGUAUCGACCUCAGCAGCCUGUUGCUCCUCCUGCUUCCAAUGCUUACCCUAACACCCCUUACAUCCCCUCUGCUGCUUCCUAUUCUGGGCCGUCUCAGAUAUACUCAGCGCAGCACCAGGCCUCUUCCCCGACCUCCAGCCCUUCUGCUUCUGUCCCUCCUCCCCCUGCCUCUGGAGCGUCCUUCCAGCACGGCGGGCCUGGAGCCCCACCUCCGUCUUCAGCUUAUGCGCUGCCUGCUGCCAGUGAGCUGCCUGCGUCCCAAAGAACAGAAAAUCAGUUUAUACAAGACCAGUCAUCUAUAUUGGAAGGUCCUCAGAAUGGUUGGAAUGAUCCUCCAGCUCUGAACAGAGCAGCCAAGAAGAAGAAGAUGCCUGAAAACUUCAUGCCUCCUGUUCCCAUCACUUCGCCAAUCAUGACCCCCUUGGGUGAUCCUCAGUCACAAAUGCUGCAGCAACAACCUUCAGCUCCAGUACCACUGUCAAACCAGGCACCCUUCCCGCAGCCACACCUUGCAGGUGGCCAGCCCUUCCAGAGCAUACAGCAGCCUCUCGGGCAAACAGGCAUGCCACCGUCUUUCUCAAAGCCUAAUGUCGAAGGCGCCCCCGGAGCUCCCAUUGGAAAUACCAUCCAGCAUGUACAAUCAUUGCCAACAGAAAAAAUUACCAAGAAGCCUAUUCCAGACGAGCACCUCAUUCUGAAGACCACGUUUGAAGAGCUCAUCCAGCGUUGCCUCUCCUCAGCUGCAGAUCCUCAAACCAAGAGGAAGCUAGAUGAUGCCAGCAAACGCCUGGAGUUUCUAUAUGACAAACUUAGGGAACAUACACUUUCACCAACCAUCAUCAAUGGUUUACACAACAUUGCAAGGAGCAUUGAAACACGAAACUACUCGGAAGGACUGACCAUCCAUACCCACAUAGUUAGCACCAGCAACUUCAGUGAAAUCUCUGCUUUCAUGCCAGUUCUCAAAGUUGUUCUCACCCAGGCCAAUAAACUGGGUGUCUGAAAGGAUGGCUUCUCUCUCAGCUGAUAUUGCCAUUUUCCCAAAGAAACAUGUUUAAAGAUAAAACAAUUCUGUGUCAUGGACCAAUCUUCAUUAGCAUGUUUCCAUAGCAGCCAGUCAGGAGCAUUGACAUUUUUUUGCAAAUAUAUUCACCUUAGAACUUCUGAACAUGAACACCCUGGUGCUUUCUUUUGUUUUAACCUUCUGUUGCACAUUAUGAUUUUUUCAUUCUGAAAAUAGUAUUUCCUAGAUUAUACAUAGUAUGGUUUCCUGAGGAGGUUUUCUGACAAAAUGUGGGUUUUAAAACCUUGGUGUACUUUGAAGAACAAUUGCAACUGGUUAUGUAUAAAGCAGACCUAAAACUAAGUUUCUUUUUCAUGUACUCCCUACCUUCUCCAUGGCAAUCACAUUAAAGUGUGUAAUCCUACCUUA